AUGGCGGAGAACACACGAAUGAAAGAGAUGCAGACCAAGAUUCACAAUCACGCCAAAGACAUUCGUCGUUUGAACACGACGCUUGACAAUCUCCAAAAAAUAAUGGACUUCUUCGCACUCAAGUUCACCGGUCCAAGCAUCUCCAUUAACAAUGGUUGCUGUGAGCAGAGAUAUUUCUCUAGGUUUCCCCAUUACGAUGGUUCUUCAUCCGUUUUGGAUUUGAUUUUCAAAGCUGAUAUAUUCUUUAAUUAUCACCAUACACCUGAUGGGGAACGUGUUGAAGCCUCUAUGCAUUUCGAAAAGGAGGUAUUGUCGUGGUUCCAGAUGCUGCGGAAGAUGAAUGUCGUGCAAAUAUGGCCAGCUGUCACCCGCGCCUUAAAAUUUGGUCAUUCUCCCUUUGAUUGCGCUAUGGCUGAACUAUUUAAGCUGCAACAAAAUGGGUCAGUUUCUGAUUACCACUUAAAAUUUUUUUCAUUAGCAAAUCAUUCUGCAGGCCUCCCCGAUGAAGCUAUAUUGAACUGUUUUCUUAGUGGUUUAAAUGUUGAUAUUAAGAGAGAUGUCAUGGUUUUAUCUCCUCCCAAUUUACUCAGAGCAGUGGCCUUAGCUAGGUUGUAUGAAGAAAAAUAUAUGUCACCUUCGAAAGCUCUUAUUUCGUAUUCAAACAAAUAUCCUCCAUUUUCUCUUAGUAGCACCUCAAAUACUACAGCAGCCAAAAUAAUUCUGACAGUCACAGUACCUAUGGCAAAACCCACCUUACCUCCAUUAUUGCCCAACCCCCCAGGACCACCGUACAAAAGUGCCAAUGUGACACGAAUAAGUCCAACUGAAAUGCAAUUGCGUAAAGAAAAGGGUUUAUGUUAUUUCUGUGAUAAGAAGUUCUCUUUCAGCCACAAAUGUCCCAACCGACAGUUAUAUGUAUUGCAAUUAUGUGAAGAGAAUUCUAAUUCGGUGGGAAAUAUUGAUGCCCAAGGUACAAACACUGGAUUAGAAAAGAGUGAGGAUCAUCAUUUGUCUCUUAAUGCUUUGAAAGGAGGCUUAGGAGUGGGUACUAUUAAAUUUAUAGCACAUGUGGGCACAUUACCAAUUACAGUGUUGAUUGAUGGCGGUAGUUCUGACAAUUUUUUACAACCUCGAGUUGCCAAAUGUCUGAAACUUCCAAUUGAGCCAACACUCAUGUUCAAGGUGAUGGUCAGAAAUGGUGCUAAUCUCAUCCUUGGUGCAAGUUGGCUUAAAACAAUGGGCCCUCAUCUUGCAGAUUAUGAGUCAUUCCAAAUUAAAUUCUUACAUGACGGGAAAUAUAUCACGUUGCAAGGUGAUAGAGAUAUGGUGGCAAAUUCGGCUCAAUUGCAUCACACCCAGCACAUGGUACGUACUAAUGCUAUUGCUGAAAUUUAUAGCAUGCAAGUGAUAGAUGAGGAUAUGAAAUUAGUGUCUCUGUUACCACUUACAGAGGAUAUGGAGCCCGAAUUGGCUCUUUUAUUACACACAUACAGCUCAAUUUUUGCUCUUCCUAGUGGAUUACCCCCACCUCGUCCCCAUGUUCAUUCCAUUCCUCUACUAGAAGGUUCUAAUCCUGUGAAAGUGAAGCCCUAUAGAUACCCUCAUAGUAAAAAAAAGGAAAUUGAAAAAUUACUACACGACAUGCUUUUGGAGGGUCUAAUUCAACCAAGCUCUAGUCCAUUUUCUUCUCCAAUUAUUUUGGUUAAAAAGAAAUAUGGAACCUGGCGUGUAUGUAAUGAUUAUAGGGCUCUCAAUGCCACCACUAUCAAGGAUAUCUUUCCUAUUCCUAUAGUCGAUGAACUCAUUGAUGAACUGUAUGGAGAUUGUUAUUUUUCAAAAUUGGAUCUACGCUCGUGA